GUUUCUUCGUAUUCCUAUGGCCUUCAGACACUGACUCACUGAAACGGAAGCUAUGUACAGACCUCAUUCGAAUCAUGAUGCUUACAACCCGUCCAUCCGGUAUAAUCCUUGGUGUAUGUGCAUGUGCUGGUUACAAUCAUAUAAAAGAGCAGAUGGUCUAUCGUCUAUUCCCUACCAGGCUUGCCCACUCGCUUCCUUCAUUCACCUCGUCUUUCAUAUUACUUCACUGAACUCCUGGAGAGUUUCUGCACCUGACAUUCUUUCUUUAAAAUGUUCUCAAAGAUCUUGCUUGCUACUUUCUCCAUCGCAGCGUUUACGAGUGCUGCCCCGACGACCUUGGUUGCACGAGCGAACGUGGGUGAUGUGACAUUCUAUACUCCCGGACUAGGUUCCUGCGGAAUCACGAGCGGAUCUAACGAGCUCGUCGCUGCUGUUGCCGCUGGCAUUUUCGACACUUUCCCCGGUGCCGGGCCGAAUCCUAACUUGAACCCGAUCUGCAACAAACGCGCCCGAGUCACCGCAGGGGGGAAGUCUGUGGAUGUUACCGUCGUCGAUAGAUGCCCCGGGUGUAUAGGAGGAAGCAUCGAUCUGUCGCCUGCUGCCUUUGCAGUUUUGGCCGCUGAGAGUGUUGGAAGGAUCAAGGGGGCUUCAUGGAUCUUUAUUUGAAAUGAAUGAGAUGAGGAGGUAGGCUUGUGGACGGGCUGAGUUUCGUCAAUUCUUGGGUUUUGUGUUGGAAUAUAGGUAAAUGGUGCUGGUAGUUGAACUUAACGCGUGAGGCCAAUUUCGAAGAGUCCGAGAAGAACCAUCAUUUCGCUAAUCAACUAAUUAAUGAGUUUGCAACAAAUAUUUGAAUGGCCGAC